AUGGCGUUCUCACCUAUCGCUCGUGUUCUCUUCUUACUCUCGUCAAUCCAACUCAUCAUCGCGUCACCGGUAUCAGUCUCUGCUCCCACCGUGAAGCUCCACUACGGCACAUUCAGCGGCUCAUACAGCAGUACAUACAACCUCACAUACUACCGCAAAAUCCCCUUCGCCGCUUCAACAGCGGGUAACAAUCGUUUCCGCGCACCCCAACCACCCCUCCCCAUCACCAAUGGCACCUACAAUACCGACCAAGCCUUCGACAUGUGCCCGCAACGCACCGUCAACGGCUCCGAAGACUGCUUGUACCUAGGGGUCUACUCGCGGCCUUGGGCUUCCUCCCAGAAAGGACCCAAGAAGUCUCUCCGUCCCGUCCUCCUGACCUUCUACGGCGGCGGCUUCAUCCAAGGCAGCGCCUCCUUCAGCAUCCCGCCGCCCGGCUUCCCUGUCCUUAACGUCUCCCAACAGAACGACUACGUAGUCGUGUACAGCAACUACCGCACCAACGUGUUUGGGUUUCUCUCCGGGAAGAAGAUCGCGAAACACGGGGAUACGGAUCUCAACACUGGUUUGCUCGACCAGCGCGCCGCGCUCGAGUGGAUCCAGCAGAACAUCCACGUCUUCGGCGGCGACCCUAGGAACGUCACUAUUUGGGGUCAGUCCGCCGGCGGGGGAAGCGUCGUUGCGCAGACCAUUGCCACAGGGAAUCGCGGGCGCAAGCUCUUCGUAAAAGCAAUGGCCAGCUCGCCGUACUGGCCCAAAACGUACCGCUACGACAGCGCUGAGAACGAGGCGCUGUACGCCGCCGUGGUUGCGGGCGUAGGCUGCGCCGGCGCGGAAGAUGAAGUCGCAUGCCUCAAGAGCGUGGACGUGCAGACGCUUAGGGACGUUAGUCUGAAGCUGACGACCAGCUUGCAGUACACGACGAGCAGUUUCGCGUGGGGACCCGUCAUCGACGAGGCGUUUCUCACGGUCCCGCUGUCCACCGCCGUGAAGCGGAAAGCGCUGAACGCAGAGCUGCUACUGACAUCGUAUAACUUGCACGAGGGCGAAAAUUUCAUCCCGCCAGGGCUGAACAGCGUGGCUGGGGCUGGAGGCUUCAAUUCCUCGGGCGCCUCCUUCGAUGCCUGGCUGCGCGGCUACCUGCCCAAUCUGCGGACCACUGAUCUUCAGGAAUUGAAAACAUUGUACCCAGCGGAGGGCUCCGCAGAAGAAAUAGUGUACAACACCACCUACACACGCGCCGGCCUUGUCUACCGCGACUUGCAACUUGCAUGCCCGGCAUACUGGCUAUCGGCCUCCGCAAAGAAAGGCUCACUGAUAGAGUACACGAUUUCGCCGGCGAAGCACGCUUCGGACACGAUUUACUGGAACCAGGUCAAUGCGGUGCAGAAGUCUGAUCCACGAACGUAUGAAGCGUAUGCGGGAGCUAUGGCGAGUUUCUUACAGACUGGGGAUCCCAACGCGCACAAAGUCACUAACGAGAGUGUGGUUGGUGUGCCGUCAAUAAAGAGCGGGGAGCAGUUCUUGAUUCGCAGUGCGGGAAUAGCGACUGCGAAGGUCAAUCAAUUAGAGAAGAGGUGCACGUUCUGGCUAUCAGUGGCGGAUCGAAUACCAACAUGA